AUGUUGUCCCCAUGUCCCCUGUCCCCACAGAAGCUCGAGGGCUCCAAGAGCCGGGGGCAGCUCCUCAUUUUCGGGGCCACCAACUGGGACUUGAUCGGCCGCAAAGAAGUGCCUAAGCAGCAGGUUGCCUACAGGAACCUGGGCCAGAACUUGUGGGGGCCGCACAGGUACGGGUGUCUCUCAGGAAUUCAGGUGCGGAGUGUCGUGUCUGGGCCCUGCGCCGCCCACAGCCUGCUCAUCACCUCCGAGGGCAAGCUCUGGAGCUGGGGUCGCAAUGAAAAAGGGCAGCUGGGUCACGGGGACACGAAGCGCGUGGAGGCCCCGAAGCUCAUCGAGGUUUUGGGGGGAGAAUCCAUCGUGUUGGCAGCCUGCGGGCGCAACCACACCCUGGCACUCACAGAGAGCGGCUCCGUGUUCGCGUUCGGGGAGAAUAAAAUGGGGCAGUUGGGGUUGGGGAACCAGACAGACGCCGUGCCCAGCCCUACCCAGAUCAUGUACAACGGGCAGCCCAUCACCAAACUGGCCUGUGGAGCUGAGUUCAGCAUGAUCAUGGAUUGCAAAGGAAACCUCUACUCCUUUGGGUGCCCUGAGUACGGGCAGCUGGGGCACAAUUCCGACGGGAAGUUCAUUGCCCGGGCGCAGCGCAUCGAGUACGACUGCGAGCUGGUGCCGCGGCGCGUCGGCAUCUUCAUCGAGAAGACCAAAGAUGGGCAGAUCCUGCCCGUCCCCAACGUGGUGGUGCGGGACGUGGCCUGUGGAGCCAACCACACGCUCGUCCUGGACUCCCAGAAACGUGUUUUCUCCUGGGGCUUUGGGGGUUAUGGGCGCCUGGGCCACGCGGAGCAGAAGGACGAGAUGGUGCCGCGGCUGGUGAAGCUCUUUGACUUCCCGGGCCGUGGAGCCGCCCAGAUCUACGCGGGAUACACCUGCUCCUUCGCCGUCAGCGAGACAGGUGGCUUGUUCUUUUGGGGGGCCACCAACACCUCCCGGGAGUCCACCAUGUACCCCAAGGCCGUGCAGGACCUCUGCGGCUGGAAAAUCCGCAGCCUGGCCUGUGGGAAGAGCAGCAUCAUCGUGGCGGCCGACGAGAGCACCAUCAGCUGGGGGCCCUCCCCCACCUUUGGGGAGCUGGGGUACGGAGACCACAAGCCCAAAUCCUCGACAGCUGCACAGGAGGUGAAGACCCUGGAUGGGAUCUACACGGAGCAGAUCUGGUGGCUGAGGCCGUGCACAGCUCAGCACACCUGUGGGGGUCUGAAGGGAGGACACGAGGAGGACUCCCUCGAAAUAAAUAUUGUAAAUAAAUGUGGUGUCUGA